AUGAGGAAAGUGAAUGGGUUUUCUGAGCAGCAUGAGUUCAAAAAGCCAAAUGAUGACCGUGCUCUUCAUCUGAUGACCAAGUGUGCCCAGACAGUGAUGCAAGAAUUGGAGGAUAUUGCUAUUGCUUAUGGACAGAGUGAUGAAUAUAGUUUUGUUUUCAAAAAGAAGAGUAGAUGGUUUAAAAGAAGAGCAAGUAAGUUCAUCACUCAUGUGGUCUCCCAGUUUGCCUCAAGUUACGUUUUCUAUUGGAAGGAUUACUUUAAGGACCAGCAACUUCUGUACCCACCAGGAUUUGAUGGACGAAUUGUCUUGUAUCCCAGCAACCAAAAUUUAAAGGACUACCUCAGCUGGAGACAAGCAGAUUGCCAUGUUAAUAAUCUUUAUAAUACAGUGUUUUGGAUGCUUGUACAGCGAAGUGGUUUGACACCAGUGCAAGCACAGGAUAGACUCCAGGGAACUUUGGCUGGAGAUAAGAAUGAAAUCUUAUUUUCUGAAUUCAACAUCAACUACAACAAUGAACCUUUGAUGUAUAGAAAAGGAACUGUCUUAAUAUGGCAGAAGAUUAAUGAAGUCAUGACUAAGAAAAUAAAACUGCCAAAGGAAACGGAAGAAAAGGAAGUUGAAGUGACCCGGACUAGGACUAAAGUUGUUCCCUUGCACUGUGACAUCAUUGGGGACCAGUUCUGGGAGGAAUACCCUGAGAUUCUGGCUGAGGAUAGUUGA